GUACCGCGUAUAUAAUACAUGUCAGUAGAUGGACCAUUUAGUACCACCGGCUGACUUGGCUAUAGCAGCAAAUAUGAUACGGGCAGUCCUGUUUGUGCUCGUGGCUCUAGGCUACACCAGUGCUACCACCGUCGUCUGUAGAACCACCACCUUGCACGUGACGCUCCACCGAGAAGUCGUGGUUGUGACACCGGGUUACGACCGGGCCGAGAACUACCCUAACUCCUACGUUUGUGCCAUAACGCUCACGGCACCUCUCACGACGCAGAAGGUUCGCGUCGAUUUCGAAGACUUCGAUUUGGAAUCGAGCGCUCUGUGCCGCGCCGACCGACUGGACAUCCAAGAGGUGCAAGGAAAAAACCUGAACCUCGUGGGUUCCUACUGUUCCACGGUACGACCAAAAUCCUAUGUGUCUCUCACGAACAGUCUCAACUUGUCCUUCGUGAGCGACGAGCUACGCUCUGGACGAGGAUUCAGGAUCCGUGUCACGCCGACCAAUUCACGAAUUGUCUGCGGCAGCGGAGAGUUCCAGUGCAGUGACCGAGAGUGCGUUUCUGCUUCCAAGCGCUGCGAUGGCAUCUACGACUGUCAAGACGCAUCGGACGAAAAACGCUGCCCCAGGAGGCCCAAUUUGCAGAGAUCCCAAUGCGGAAGGCCCGUGGUCCAGCCAGACGCAGUGUCGAAUGACCGUAUAGUCGGUGGCCAUGAAGCUGUUCCGCAUAGUUGGCCGUGGCAAGUGGGCGUGCAGAGGAAGCUGAGCGAACCAUUAAACCAUUUCUGUGGAGGCACCAUCAUCUCAAACCAAUGGAUCGUCUGCGCUGCACAUUGCUUCCUAGGAGUGAUAGGUGCAGAUGAGGUCAUUAUUAAGGCUGGCCUUCACGAUAUGCUGAACCCUAGUGAGCAACUACAGAUCAGGACGCCAAACGUCAUUAUCAAGCACGAAAAUUUCCUAGGCGGAUUAGAUUUGAACUACGAUAUUGCCCUGGUCCAGGUUUCUGUUCCAUUCAACUUCACGGACACCGUACGCCCAUCAUGUUUGCCUGAAGACGAGGAACCUCUUCCAGUGAAUGCCACUUGUUACUCCAGUGGAUGGGGACAGACUCGAGGCAGCGGCAGCGCUUUCCGUCUGAAACAGACUAGGCUUAAGGUUGAAGACGUCAACUACUGCCGAAGCGGUCCCAGGGCGCGCAUCGCAAAGUUAGGCUACCACGGAAAUAACUCUAUCUGCACAACAAGUUUGGACAUGAUCUCCGGACUCUGUCAUGGAGAUAGUGGAGGUCCCCUGGAAUGCAAGGCUGAAGACGGCCGGUGGGUUGUCUAUGGAGUCGCCAGCCUGACCGCAGACAACACUAUCGUUGGCACUGUCUGCGGCAUGGGUGGAGCCACACUUUGGAACAGUGUAGCCAGACACAGGUUGUGGAUACUACAACAGAUUACUUCGUACCGUACCGGUCUAGCGACGGAUCUGUGAAAGUGUACCGCCCUAUCAUCAUGGCCUCAUCCGUUCCCAAUGAGCAAUAGGGCAGACUACCGCUACAGCGGUGGUGAAUCGCCCACCUCAUCAUCAGCCAAUGUAUAUGUGUGUGUGUGUGUUCAUACCAUACUGAAUCCUUUUCUCCCUUUUCCUUUUGUAAGCGGGAAUAGCAAGUCGGCUGCUGGAGCCAGGCUAACCUUUCCCCUCUUUCGUGUUUUUUGUUUUGUUUUGCAAUAAACCUAUAUUCCCCCCCCCCC